GCUUCCCGCCACGCCCCCGCCGCGCACCGCCUCGCGCCUGCGCAGCUCAGGCGCGCGCUGAAAUUCAAAUCCGCGGAGCGGUUGGGGCGGCAGUUCUGCUACUCGGGCGGCGGCGGCGAUGGACCCGUUCACGGAGAAACUCCUUGAAAGAACCCGUGCCAGGCGAGAGAACCUGCAGAAGAAAAUGGCUGAGCGGCCCAAGAUGGGAGCAAGACCCACAAUGCAGACCAAGAGGGUCAGAGAACCUUUGUUGGAAACUGGUAACCAGGCACCUCUUCCUGGUGAAGAAGUGAAACCUGGUACAAAGCCUUCGCCAUCAAAGAGGCUCUGCCCUGACAAUAUGGAGAUUCAAGCUUCCAGUUCAGAGAACCUACAGCCAGUUCCUUCAAGUUCCAUGAGCUGUCAUUCACUUGAGAAGACUUCAGAGUUGCAUGUACCUGCUUCUAAUGGGCCUUCAUUAGUUCAGCCUGUUGAGAAAGGAAAAGUAGACAUGAAGUCAGAAACUCCUGCAGCCCUUUCAGUCAAGACGCGUAUGCAGAAAUUGGUGGAACAGAGACGCUGCUGGGAUAGCGAGGAUCCCUCUGAAUGUGUUCCUCUGUCUCCUCUCCAGUCAAAAGAUCUGUCUGUUUCUCCACCUAAGCAGACAUCUAAUGCCCUGGCAAGUGAUACCCCUAUUGGGAGAAGAGGCCGUUUAGCUAACCUUGCUGCUACAAUUGGCUCCUGGGAAGAUGACCUAAGUCAUCCAUCUGCAAAGCAAAACAAUGCACAAGAACAGCCUGGCACUACUUGUUUAUCCAAAUUGUCCACUACAAGUGGAGCAUCUGCUAGAAUCAAUAGUAGCAGUGUAAAGCAGGAAGCUGCAUCCUGUUCUCAAAGGCUUGUUGAGGCUUCUAUUAAUAAACCAGCAAACUCAAAGCUAGCGGAUCCAAACAAUUUUUUAACACAACACUCAAGAGUCACUGUUCCCUGUUCUAAACAAUCUGAAGUACGACAGCCACUAACAGAGAAUCCCUGCAGCCCUCAGAAAACUGAAGAGCAUACACAAACAGCAAAAUCAACUUUGCCUCAACCAGUUCAGUCCAAAGAAGAGCCAGUCAAAGGAACACAUGUGCAACUUGAACCCAAGGGUAAACCCACAACACCAGGGGGAUCGGGAAUUAAGCCCUUCCUGGAACGCUUUGGGGAGCGCUGUCAAGAGCGUAGCACACAGAGUGUACAGAGUACGAAUACUCCAAGGUGCAGAACACCCACUGUUACCCCAAAUACAAGGACAAUCCAGGAAAGGCUUCUCAAACAAAAUGAAAAUUCCUCUACUGCCAGUUUAGCGCUUCAGCUUAAGCAGGAACGUGAACGAGAACUUGCAUGCCUUCGUGGCCGGUUUGAUAGGGGCAAUCUGUGGAGUGCAGAAAAAAGUGAAAGUUCGAAGAAAAAACUUCCAGAACCUAAAAUGGAAAGCCAAUCUCAGGCUAGUCCAAAACGUCCUCCUAGUUCAGAUGUCACUGUUUUUGGAUCAGCAGAAGACACACCAGCAGGUGAUACGCCAGCAGAGUCUCCCAGUGUGGAGUCUUCAGAUGCUCCUAAGCGUGAAGAGGUUGAUAAACCCAGUCCUCUGAAGAUCACUGACCCAAAGAGUCCUGUAAAAGAGAUGUCUGUCUCAAAACUUGAACAACUUGUGGAGAAACCAAAAGAUGAAGUAUAUGAAAUCGAAAUGAAUAUGGAUGGUGAUAUGAACAGCUCGAAAGUGAUAAAUGAAAUUUUUGAAGUUCUUCAAGAGGAUGGUCCAGACAUAGAAAAGCUGAAGAAAGAAAUGAGCAUAAGCCUGGAAGGUGAAAGUGAUGAGGAUGAGCAGGAAGAGUCACUGAAUAUUUCAUCAAUGUCUCUGUUAACCCCCCUAGUGGAAUCCGUUGGUCCAGAGGCCUUUGUUUCUCCUUGUAAGUCAACUGGUGAAGGUAGCAGUAUCAGUGAUGUAAGUUUGAAGUCUGAAAAGUUCCAAAGGACGAAAGUUCCCCGGGCAGAAUCUGCAGACAGUAUUGGCUCUGUGUCAGAAGAUCGCAACCUUCCAUACAGCGUUGAUACCUACAGAUCUCAAAGAUUUAAAGAAACAGAUCGUCCUUCAAUAAAGCAAAUAAUUGUUCGCAAAGAAGAUGUUUCUUCCAAAUUAGAAAUGAAAAAGAAUGGCCCAUCUGAUCAAGUCAAUAUAAAAAAGAAAAUGCAGGAGCUGAAUAAUGAGAUCAACAUGCAGCAGACGGUGAUAUAUCAAGCCAGUCAAGCUCUGAACUGCUGUUUUGAUGAGGAACAUGGAAAAGGGUCACAAGAAGAAGCAGAAGCAGAGAGACUUCUUCUCUUUGCAACUGAGAAGAGAACUGCUUUAUUGGAAGAACUGAAUAAACUGAAGAGUGAGGGACCUCAUGAUAAAAGAAAUAAAGCUGCUUCUUCAUCCACUGAAUUUGCUCCAUCCAGGGGUUCUGUCUCCAUUUCAGAAAUGCGUCUACCCCUAAAAGCAGACUUUGUUUGUGGUACAAUUCACAAGCCAGAUGCAGCAAAUUACUAUUAUGUAAUAAUACUGAGAUCUGGAGCAGAAAACAUGGUUGCAACUCCACUAGCAAGUACUGCUAGCUCCCUGAACGGAGAUGCUCUUACUUUUACUACGACAUUUAAUAUGCGCGAUGUGUCAAAUGACUUUGAAAUAAAUCUAGAAGUUUACAGUUUGGUGCAGAGAAAAGAAGUUACAAGCACUGAUAAAAGGAAAAAGUCAAAUAAAUCUAAGGUUAUUACUCCAAAGAGAUUGUUAACAUCUAUUACCUCUAAAAGCACCCUUCUUACUCCAGCCAUGGCCAGUCCAGGUGGCCCCAACGCUAUUCGCAGUACUAAUUUCAUCCUUGUUGGAUCGCACAAGCUAUCGCUGUCUUCUGUAGGAAAUACUAAAUUUGUAUUGGACAAGAUAAAUUUUGAAGGGGAGGAAAAAGACCUGCUGGGCUAUAUGUUCCAGGACAAGGUUCCCUUUUUGUCUCCUUUGGAAGGUCAUAUAUAUCUGAAGUUAAAAUGCCAAGUGGACUCUUCUGUGGAGGAGAAAGGAUUCUUGACUAUGUUCGAAGAUGUUAGUGGAUUCGGAGCGUGGCAUCGUCGCUGGUGUGUGCUGUCUGGAAAUUGUAUAUCUUACUGGACAUAUCCUGAUGAUGAAAAAAGAAAGCAUCCUUUGGGCCGGAUAAACUUGGCUAACUGCACUAAUCAUCAGAUUGAACCCGCCAACAGGGAGUUCUGUGCCCGUCCCAACACUUUUGAACUAGUAACUGUCCGACCUCAAAGGGAAGAUGACAGAGAGACUCUUGUCAGCCAAUGCAGAGACACGCUCUGUGUUACAAAGAACUGGCUGUCUGCUGAUACUAAAGAAGAGCGUAACCUUUGGAUGCAAAAGCUCAACCAAGUCCUUGUUGACCUUCGCAUGUGGCAGCCUGAUGCCUGCUACAAACCUAUUGGAAAGCUUUAAACUCCAGAAGGGAAAUAGCAAAGAAAAUACGUAUGCAAAACCCUGCAUGUGAACUACACAAAAACAACUUAAAUGAAAAUGUGGGAAGUCCUCUGGGUCACUUAUGCUUUAAAUUUGAGACAGUAUUUAACAUUAUAUAGGACUAUGUUAUGCGGUGUUUUUAUUUCACUUUAAGAAUUUUAAAACUUUGUCACUUCCUAGCUUUUGAGUAUGGUUUGAAGAGAUUAGCUGUUUCUAAAUAUGCUAAAUAUUUAUAUAAUUCCUUAUUUGGAAGGGUUUGUUUUUUUUUUUUUAGCUAAGUACAUUCUCUUCUUUAAACAACUAAAUUAUUGCAGGAAAUCACGCUUCAGGGCAGGAAGGGGGGACAAACUAGAGCUAAAACCCAAGCUUACUAGGUAACUCCCUGAAAGAAACAAUAGCUCAGAGUUUUCUAGGAAGGAUGGCGCUGAAGCACAAAAUUUAAUAUUGGAGGGUUUGGAGGGUUUUUUUUGUAAUGAUCAGGCAUAGAAGUUACUAGUAAAUUUUAUUCUACCACAUGCAGCAUAGGUAUUUCUUGCUUGCACAGUGUCCUUGUGGUCAGAACAAAAGACAUGCACAAUAUAUUCAUACUCUUGCAACUUCUUAUACAAACUAGUAUGGAUAAGUGCAUGACAUGUAUACGAUGUGAUUUACAGGGAUUACAUAUGCAGUAUAUUGCACUUUGAUAGAAAUGAAAGGUCUUGAAUAUUCUUCUUAGGAUGGCUAUAUAAAAGAAAUUAGGUUUAGGGUUGUAUAUGUCAGUAUUUCCUGGUAGUCCUGGAUUGUACAAGCUAGAAUUCUCCAUUUGAGAACCAGGAAUAGGUUGUAAAAGUGCUUUUUUAAAUUUUUUUUUUAAUAAGACACUAUAAAGCUGCUAUGUACCAACUAAUACUCUGCUGGCCAAAAGUAUGGGUCUUCCUCCCCCCCCCGUAGACAUGUCCAUAAAUGCAGAUAACAGUACUUCUGAUCCAUUAUUAAUAUGGCAAAACUUUGCAGUUAAAACUUGCAAUUUUCACAGCUUUUCAGUGGGCUUAGUGAAAUACUGUCUCAUUACUUCACUGUUGCAAAUGCAAUAGUGGCAUACUUAAAAUUGCUAUUGCUGUUAAAUAUUCACACUUGAAACACUAAAUUCUGUUAGGUUGUACUGUUUUCAUCCUGCCACUUCUGUACUUGCUUUUAAAUCUAGUUUCCUUUGUCUGUCUUUAGAAAUAUUUUUAAACUUCUGUAUUGAGAUUUAUUUUAUUCAUUUAAAAUAAAGAAUAAAACAUUUCUGCUUUUUUUUUUUUUCCCCCCCCCCCCCCCAUAAUGUCACCUAUGCAUUUGAAAUACUAGUUUUAGGCUGAAGAAGAAAAGCUGAGCUCCAGGCUAUGCUUAAGAAAAGAUUCUAUUCAGUAUGUGUGUCCCAAAAUACCCCUUGAUUUAGGAAUGUAAUGUGAUGCCUCAGGGGUAGCAGUACUAAAUUUUAUAGUGGGAGGCCAGAUUGCCCAUGCGUGGUUACCAUGAACUUCAUGGAAUGUAUGUGAAUGUAGAAGCUGCUGGAGAUGAGCAGUUAAUCAAGUAUGAAGAGGAGAGGUGGUUGUUUUCUCUUGUGAUAGAGAAGAGUUGUGGCAGCAGAGCAGCAAUACAACAUGGACAGUGGAAGAGUAACCUUUGUGGAUACACAGUAGGCUGCCUGCUUAACCUUCCAAGUGUAUGUUAAUAAAAAUCAUUAAUUAUGAAAUGAGUCCACAGAAAGGUGUUAAGAAUGGAAUGGGAUCUAUACAAGGCAAUGACAUUUUUAUUUAGGCCAAUUGGACUGCUCUCCAUUGUAGAAACUAAUCUGUGUGUGUUCAUUGUCCAAGAUGGAAAAAUUACCCUCGUCAAGGAAAGAUGAAGUGUACAACAGGUGAUGUAAGUUAGAAAAACUGACCUGAGUUGUGGGUUCUAGGCACAAGCUGUCAGUGAUGAUGUGCUACUGCAGCCAGCAGCAGUGUGUGACACUAGCUUGGCACCAAGCCUGCAUUUACAGCUUUACUGACUUGCAUGGCUGUGUCCUCCUGCCCCUCCCGAAUUCCCCUGCUCUUUUAAGGGUGAGCUGUGGAAAAAUUUUCAAAAAUGUUGGCAAACUUAUUUUUUUUUCCAUGUUUGUAGCGGAUACUUUUUGAAGAGGCUGGACUGUGUGAAUUCAAAUAGCUUCUGGUAGAUAUAGAUGUUCUAUACCUCAAAAAUAGUUACUACUGUCUGAUUUCAAACAAAGCUUUAAGUUUUGUAAAAACAGUUUAUAGACGGAAUAGCAUCAAAACCCCUCUUUUCAUGUGCAGUGCGUUGGAACUAGCUGGUGACAUAAUCCCUCCCAUAUUCAUGUGCUCUAACUCUCCCUGCAAAAAGACCUUGAUAGGCCAGUUAUUGAAAUCUGUACUGCCAUAAAGCUUGAAUUUCAUGGAAUUAUACUUAGCUUUCCAAGAUAACCUUUUUUUUUUUCUUUUUUUCCCCUGCUUAUUUCUCUCUUUCCCAUGCAUUUAUCACCUCCAACUGAUCUAAGCACCAGGAGACAGUUAAACUAAUGGAACAGACUAGGAUUCAUGGUUCAUUACUACUGUAGAAUAAGUAAGCUUUUUCAGAGGCAUUUUUUUAAAUAUAGGACACUUAUUUUUAGAGCGGUACUGGUAAGUGAUUGAUGGUUGGGGUUGCAGAUCUUCAGCUGCUUUUUGCAUUCUUGGAAAUAAUGGAGUGACAUAGUGGUUGUAAAGGCUGAUGGCUUAACAGACCUAAAAUUCAUCUUUAUUUGCAAAUAGUUACUGCAUUAGUUACAAAUCAAGUGUCUGCGUGCAGCCUAAUUCUGAAUGCAAAGCUCGCCUCUGAAGCACGAGGGUAUGUGGUUUGGUUAUGCUCCUUCAGCUGGUGGCAAGCCCAUCUCACAGAGUCCCUCAGAGACCCCCUAUCCAGCACGGAGCAAUGAUGCUGGGCAAAGCGCUUUUCUUUGGGAUUCGGCUAUGGGGGUUUCAGGUCCUCUUUGGGAAGAUGUUCUAAUUUUACAAGAAAGCUUUUUUUUUUGAUUGUUCAGAAAUUCAGGAUGUUCACUAAUAAGAAAGUCUAUAAAUGGAAAAUGCUCUGGGCAACGAAGCUUAUUUUAGCUGAGGAAAUUUCAGUUUUACUGGCUUGUAAAACUCCUAAUUGGUGUUAUUAAAUCCGAAACUCAAAUGAAAUAUAAUUUGCAACAAGAUUGCCUGAAAAUUUGGCUUCUAAACACAUACUGUUCCCUUCCCCCUUUUAAUUGCUAUAUUUCUGCAUUUUGGUGUAGAGGAAAUUAUCUGAUAUUCUGUAAUUAUUGUCUGUGCUGUACUUGGUGUGUAGUAAAAACAUGCGGAUGCA